UGCGAGAAAGAGAAGCGUGGAGAUUACAUGACCAAUUUGGCAGAAUUAUGUGAAACCUUUUACAAAAAGAUUACAACGCAUAAGGAGGCAGUACAGUUUGUGGGUGUAAUGAUCACUUUUUCGUUUGCUCACCUUGCAAUUCUGAGCGAAAGACAUUCACAUCAACUGGAAAUAUAUGAAGGAUGGGGUAAUCAGUAUAAGAAACAGCUCCUGGAAAAAAUCCUCGCGUAUAAGGCAUACUUCAUUGACAUCUACCCGAAGUGGCAAGACUGGAGGAAAGAUCAAAUCAACACAAAAGUCGGAAUUGAUCCCAGGAAAAGAGAAAGCAUAAUUGGCGAGGUAUUGGACACCCUUACCAAGAGCCGAUCUGUUACUUACUCUUCACCCAGGAAAUCACAUGAUAACACCGAAUUUAAACUUGAUAGAUUUAAGAGUGUUUGUACAAAAGUCAAAAUUAGAUUUUAUAAUGAGAUCAAUGCAAAAUUCAUGAAUCUAUAUAUGCACACGUUUGCGCUGGACAAAUUUUAUCCGGAAAAACACGAGGAGCCUCCGAAAGCUCCAAAUUCAAAUGUAGCCACAGUAUGGCUCGGCACUUAUGGGAGAGACACAUUUCCUGAUGGUGUUCAUGACGUUAAGGAUAUUGAGGAAGAGUAUAGACUUUCCGACGAUUUACCGGGAGUAAUCACUGGCGUAAAUAUUCAAGAGUACAACGUUCUCAAUGCGCUCAGGUUCUUCUACAAAGAUC